UUGCCUCUUACAUUUAUCAGUAUUAGAAAAAAGAGACACUUAUUUAAAUAAAUGCAUCAUAUGCUCAUCACAGAUUUUAUUUUUGAUAUCUCACCGAUGUUUCUUGCAUAUGUUUAUCUUUAAGUUGACCGGUGUUUCCAGGCGCUUUAAAUAUGCAGUCAAAACCAAAAGUGAAAACAACCCACCACGAUGGUUUUGCAACUGUACAACUUGAAACCAUGUUAUUUAAUUUUCAUAUCGCAAAAUGUCUUUCAGCACUUAAAAUGACUGAAAACUAAUUUUGUCACAUAGCCUCACUUUAACUCACUGGUUGUGAAAUGACACGCGCGAGACUCUUGUAAUGACAUGUUUGAUGAAAAAAAAAAACAAAAAAAAAAAAAACAACACUUUCUCUGUGCAAAUGUACACAACUAGAGGACAAGGAAAAAAGUUUUAUAAUUUUAUAGUUGAUUUGUACGUCCGGUUUGCUUGUAUUUUCUGGAAAUGUAUUAAAUGUAGAACUUUUAUACAAAAUGAUGUACACAGAUUACUGGUCCGUCUUCACUUUGGGUUGAAGUGUUUUUAAUUACAAUAUAAACUAGCUUGAUAUUGCACUGUGCAAUCGUACAGGUUGCUGUUGAAUAAGGGGAAAUGUAGGACAUUUAUUAUUUAAAUACAUAUAGAUACACCUAAUGUGAUUUUGGACCAAAACCUAUAAAAUAAAAUGGGUUUUCUUGCCAUUGUCAAUGCGUUAAGUUGUUAUUGAAAUGUACACUUAUUUGCAUAGGCUAAUUUAAGGACAGUGUUUUUUCAUGUUGCGUGUAGAAUUAUUUCCAUUUUCUUUCUUGUUUAACAGGUUUGGUCCACUAUAAUUUCCAUUUCACGAAAAACCUGACUUUGCCUUACAACAGUCACCGUGAAUUUUCAAAGUAAGACAUGUUCCUGGAUCAACAUUAUUGUCCAAAAAUAUAGACCUAACUCAAUUCCUACCACUAAACCUAACCCUACUCAUAAUUUAUUCCUAAAAUCAGUGGGAAAUGAUAGCUGAUUAACAAGGGUGUAGAAGCACCUAACCCUGAUUGUAAGCCUAAAACAGAUAUUUCCUGAAAAGUUAUAUCUCAAUUCUGAUUGGCUGAUAUACAAAACAUGGAUGUUGAUCCAGGCACGUGGUGUACUUGGUGAAAUCACACUCUCCGCCUUACAAAAGAAGGUGUACAAGCCUCAUCAAAGUGACCACAUUACACUGGUGAAGAUGUCGUUACCAGAGCAAAUGGCGAACAACCUGGAAAAACAGCUCGGAAAAACUCCAAGAUUUGGCACGUUGCCAUUUACUGUUGUAUUGAUCGGACUGGAAUUGUUAAUGGAUCGGGAAUUUUCGUGCCCAUGUACCCCAGGCCUUAACGCAGUACUGAUCAGCUUCAUCCUUCUUGGACCAGCUCUUCUGGCUUUGACUGUGAUGAUGUUCAUGAGAAGGCCUUGCAGACGAAAAUCGAAGAAUGUCCCAGAGAUUUUUUUAUUUACUCUGAUUCCGCCUUCAUUGUGGAUGUUUCUGUUGCUGUUUGAGGGUGAAUAUGUUGCAUGUGGCAUGGCACACUGGGAAGGAGAUUACAUCUUGGAUGAAAAGCUCCAGAUUAAAUGGUGCAAACCCACUGGAACGAAUGACACUGAAGUGAAAGGAACAGAACUGCUAGACCUGACUGAAAAAAUCACUUUCUACUCGAGGCUUUCAGCUUUAGCUCUACUGUCAGUCCUCUGCAUUUCCAUCCUGACUGCCAUCAUUUACAGAGACUGUAAGAACAGAACUUUGGAGAAACUGGAUAAACGGGAUGAACCAACACAGCAAACAUCUCUCAGCAGCUCAGAAGCGGAAGUACAGCAUCCAUCUGUCUGAAUACAACGCUAAAGUUAUAAACUGUCAUCAAUGGAGACUUUCACAAGUUAGACUUUCACAAAGGA